UUUAAACCAGAUUAGAUUAAAUGAUAUUUUGAAAAUAGUGUGUCACCGAUGAAACGAUCGCACGGAUCUUAGCUUCAACGUAUCUCAGAUUAAUAUACAAUGAGUCAGUUCACCGAGGAACAAAUAUCCGAGUUUAAAGAGGCCUUCAGCCUGUUUGACAAAGAUGGCGACGGCAAAAUCACGACUCGAGAGUUGGGAACCGUGAUCAGAUCGCUGGGCGGAACCGUCACCGACACAGAACUUCUUCAGAUGGUGGCAGAAGUGGAUUCCAACCAAAAUGGAGUUAUUGAUUUCCCUGAAUUCUUGACAAUGAUGGCAAAAACGAAAAAAAACCAGGACUCCGAGGAGGAACUUCUGGAUGCAUUCCAGGUGUUUGACAAAGAUCAAAAUGGUUACAUCAGCGCCGCGGAACUACGUCACGUGAUGACAAACCUGGGCGAGAAACUGACAGAAGAGGAAGUAGAUGAAAUGAUUAGUGAGGCGGACAGAGAUGGAGAUGGACAAAUUAACUAUAGAGAAUUUGUGAGAAUGAUGGUAGACCAACUGACUGAAGAUCAAAUAAAUGACAUCAAGGAAGCAUUCAGUUUGUUUGACAAGGACGGAAGCGGCGCCAUCAGCACCACUGAGCUGGGCACCGUAAUGAGGUCACUGGGUCAGACGCCGACACAGGCGGAACUACGCGACAUGAUCAACGAGGUGGACGUCGACGGUAAUGGUAGUAUCGAGUUUAACGAGUUCCUCACGAUGGUGUCGCGGAAGAUGGCGGACUGCAUGGACACGGAGGAGGAGAUGCGUAAAGCCUUCAAGGUGUUCGACAAGGACGGAAGCGGAUCCAUCAGCGCCGCAGAGCUCCGCUUCGUCAUGAGCAACCUGGGCGAGAAACUUACCGACGAGGAGGUCGAGGAGAUGGUCAGAGAGGCCGACAACGACGGCAACGGCGAGAUCGACUACGAAGAAUUUGUUGCGAUGAUGACUAGAAAGUGAUCUCCAGUUUAAACCAGUGGAUUAUAUCAGAGAUAAAAAGACAAGUUACCAGAUGCCAGUCACUUAGACAUUUUCUGAAGAAAAGACGUAACCUGCUGACUACACAUUAAAUCACAAUCGUAUUCAAAGUUGUCUGAGGAAUAUUUGAACAAAAUUGUGAUGUAAUUACAUUUACCUGUCAUCUUCUUACCAGAUACAACAUACAAAUCGACUUCACCGUGGCAUGAAUUACUGGCAUAAAUAACUCAGGACAGUUGUGUAAUAUAUAUAUGCAUUCGUGCAGGUGAAAGCAUUUUACAGUUAAAUGUCUUUGGAAUGUACGCGUCCAUACAGAUGUUAA